GGGAAAGCUCCAGAAAUCAGCCUCUUAUCAAGUAAUGGGAAACCGAAGCAGCAGAAAUCUCACUACUCGUAUGAGAAGUGAUCUGCUCAUACGAACCCUCGACAACCUUUCUCAGGAAGAGUUCAAAAGAUUUAAAGACAAACUAUCACACUCUGACUUUGAGGGGAAAGGUAACAUCCCUCGAGGUCAGCUGGAGAAUGCUGACAGGAUAGACACAAAGAACCUCCUGAUCCAAUUCUAUGGUGAAAUUGCUGCAGUAGAAGUAACCACAGAUGUUUUCACUCAGAUCAACCUCAGAGAUGCUGCUGCUAAACUCAGAGAAGAGAGAGAGAAAGCUUUGGGUCCUCAGCAAACAUCUGAAAGAUCAGCAAAUGCUUACGGCGUGAAGUAUAGAGAACAUAUAAAAAAUGAAUACAGUGCAAUGAAAGACAUGAAUGCUCGUCUUGGUGAGAAUGUAAAGCUAAACAGCAGAUAUACAAAGCUGAUCAUUACAAAAGAACAUCGUCAUGAAAUGCAGAGAGAACAUGAAAUAAUGGCCCUGGGACGGAGACAUGCAGAGAUCAUGACUGAGCACACCACUCCUAUCACCAUAGGCGAUUUAUUUGAAUCUGAUGAUGAUGGACAGUCACCACAAAUUGUCGUGCUGCAGGGAGCUGCAGGGAUUGGAAAAACACUGACAGCAAGAAAGAUCAUGUUGGACUGGGCAAAUGAAGAACUGUAUCAGAGCAGGUUUGAUUAUGUUUUCUACAUAAAUUGCCGGGAAAUUAACUUUGACAGAGAGCAGAGAAGUGUGGAAGAUUUGAUUUUAAGAAAUUGUCCUGAUCAUAAUGCACCAACUAAAGAGAUUCUGAUGACUCCAGAAAAACUCCUGUUCAUAAUUGAUGGUUUUGAUGAACUGAGAUUUUCCUUUAAUCAACCAACAAGUAAUCUGUGCUCGGAUCCCUGUGAGAAGCAGUCAGUGGACAUCAUACUGAGCAGUUUAUUUAGGAAAAAAGUGCUUCUCAAAUCUUACUUACUAAUUACUACAAGACCAAUUGCCCUGGAGAAACUUGGGCGGUGUUUGAAAGAUGAACGUUAUGCAGAGAUCCUGGGAUUUUCUGAAAAUGAGAGAAAAGAAUAUUUUUAUAAAUUCUUUGAGAAGGAAGAACAAGCAAGCAAAGCCUUUAACGUUGUAAGAGACAACGAAAUGCUGUUCACCAUGUGCUUUGUCCCCAUUGCGUGUUGGAUCAUCUGCACGGUUCUGAAACAGCAGAUGGAAGCAGGUGAAGAUCUUGCACAAACUUCCACCACAAUCACUGGAGUCUACAUGCUCUAUCUCUUCAGUUUAUUAGAGGGUCACAGCAGCAAUUCAAAGCAACAGGUACAAUGUAACUUGAAGGAACUUUGUUCCUUGGCUGCAGAUGGAAUCUGGAGGAAGAAUAUACUGUUUGAGGAAGAAGAUGUCAAGAAACAUGGAUUAGAUAAACCUGAUUCCCUCUUUCUGAAUGAGAACGUGUUUCAAAAAGGCAUUGGCUGUGAACGUGUUUACAGCUUCAUUCACUUGAGUUUUCAGGAAUUUUUUGCAGCUUUGUUUUAUGUGUUGGAGCAAGAAGAAACUGUGAAGAAGUCAGCAACUGCUAUACAACCUGUGGAAAAAUUGUUUGAAAAAUGUGGAAAAUCUAGGAAUUAUUUAAUGUUAACAGUGCGAUUCCUGUUUGGGCUCUUAAAUAAAAAGAGAAUGGAGGAGAUGGAGAAAAAUCUUAGCUGCAAAUUUUCACCCAAAGUUAAAAAUAAUUUACUAACAUGGGUUAAAGAAAAACCCUUUUCGUUGUUGUUCAACUAUGAUAAAUUGCCUUCUGAUAAGGAGACAAUGUUUUUCUAUUUGGAUUAUUUUUACUGUUUGUAUGAAAUUGAAGAAACUGAAUUUGUGCAGAGUGCAAUGAAUCAUUUCACUGAGCUAAAAUUAACUCAUCAUACCUUUACCAAAAUGGAUCAAAUUGUUCUUCAAUUUUGUAUAAAGAAUUGCUGUAAUCUGGAGUCAGUUUGUCUAGAGAACAGUACAUUUCUAACUGAAGACCUGAAUGAAGAUUCCCCAGGACCAUGCAAGUGGCCACAUCGGGCACAACAUCAGAAUGAGCUGCAUCAUUCAUCUAUUUACCUGCUCUGUCAAGCACUGAAGGCUUCAAACUGUAAUUUAAAAAAACUAAGCUUGGGGAGUUGUGGUCUCACAGCUGCUUGCUUUGGGGAUCUCGCCGCUGUUCUCAGCACCAGCCAGAGCCUGACAGAGCUGGACAUGGGUGCUAAUAAUCCAGGAGAUGCUGGAGUGCAGCUGCUGUGCGAGGAACUGAAACAACUGAACUGCAAACUGCAGAGUCUGCGGUUGUGGAGUUGUGGUCUCACAGAGACUAGCUGCAGGGAUCUUGCCGCUGUUCUCAGAACCAGCCAGAGCCUGACAGAGCUGGACCUGAGUGAUAAUAAACUAGGAGUUUCUGGAGUGCGGCUGCUGUGUGAGGGACUGAAACACCCGAACUGCAAAGUGCAGAGACUGGACUUGUUUAGUGGUCAUCUCCCAGGUGCUUCCUGUGAGGAUCUCGCCGCUGUUCUCAGAGUCAAUGAGAGCCUGACAGAUCUGGACCUGGGUUACAAUUAUCUGGGAGAUGCCGGCGUGCAGCGUCUGUGUAAGGGACUGUCACACCCGAACUGCAAACUACAGAGACUGGGCUUGCAGGGUUGUCAUCUCACAGACGCUGGCUGUGUGGAUCUCGCCGCUUUUCUCAGAACCAACCAGAGUCUGACAAAGCUGGAGCUGAGCGAUAAUGAACUGGGAGAUGUUGGCGUGCAGCUGCUCUGUGAGGGACUGAAACAAAACUGUAAAUUGCAGAGUCUGUCGUUGUGGAAGUGCGGUGUCACAGCCACUGGCUGUGGGGAUCUUGCUGCUGUUCUCAGAGUCAGCCAGAACUUGACAGAGCUGCAGCUGGGUGAGAAUAAUCUGGGAGAUUCUGGAGUGUGGCUGCUGUGUGAGGGACUGAAACACCCGAAUUGCAAACUGCAGAGACUGCGCUUGAAGAAAGAGUAUUUAACUGAAGAAAUGAGAGCAGAGCUGGAUGCUGUGAAAGACACAAAACCUGACCUGGUUAUACAGAUACUGGACUGGUGAGCAGGAGCCACUGCACCAAUGCAGCUCUGAUCUGGCUGCCCUGCCACUAGCUGAGGGAGCAGCUGGGCAGUGGGAGAACACCUGCCCCUAUUAAAAUUAAACCCUGCCAUCCCCAGGGAUUCCAGCAGCAAAUGUCAACAUCUGUGGCAAGGGGCUGGGUAGAGAUUGUGUGGGCCAGAGACUUAGGAGUAGGAGUUGGGUUUGCUCUAUUCUCACUGUGCAAUGGGUUAGUUGCUUUGGGGGAGGAGUGGGGGGGGGGCAGGAGGGAGGAAGGGGAUCAGGGCCUAGGAGAGGGAGAGAUGUGGGAUUAUGGGUUGGAGCGGUCUGGUAACCUAACCUCCCUUUUUCAGUCUGUCAGUGCAGGAGGGAGACACAAGAAACAUCCCUAAAUCUGAAGGGGAACUGUCCUGCUUCCUCACCCUCGUGUCCCACCCCGACACAAAGUGGGGGGCCUCCUGCCACUUCUGGAGGGUGAGGAGCCCCAGUGGGCCAGCCUAUACUCUACUCUGGUCCCGAGGCCCGCCGGGGAUAUCA